AUGACUACCGAAAUCGGCCUUAGCGCUUGUUGCGUCUCUGGCGCCGUGCACAGCGGAACUCCGCGUGGACACGAAGCCACAAUCGGCGGGUUGCCUACGUACAUUGCCGAACCGGAGAACAAGUCCAAGUCCAAGAGUGUUGUAUUUAUUGUGGACAUAUUCGGCUGGAAAUUCAAAAACGUCCGCCUGCUGGCAGACCAGUACGCAAAGGCCGGGUUCUACUGCUACAUCCCGGACGUGCACGAGGGCGACUCACUGCCCAUCGAGUUCCUGCAGGAUGUCGAGCCACCACUGAAGGUCAAGGAGCAGGAAGGCCUACUGGCCAAGGCCAAAGAGACGGUUAAUGUGAUGGCCACCCUGGGCCCGUGGCUGGCCAAACACCGCGAAGGUGUCGCGGAGCCUUUGAUUUCUGGAUUCAUUGAUGCUGUACGAAAGAUUGAUGGAACCGGGAAAUUAGGCGCCAUUGGUUUCUGCUGGGGCGGCCGCUAUGCCAUCUUGCAAGCCCAUGCUCGCAAGGAGGACCAAAAGGGCGGCGUCGACGCCGCAUAUGCCUGUCAUCCGUCUUUACUCUCAAUUCCCAGCGACCUGGUCCCUGUUGCGAAACCGGUCAGCCUUGCUGUCGGCGAAAAGGAUUCAUUGCUCGACUUGAAGUCGGUUGAGCAGAUCAAAGAGACGCUUGAGAAAACGGGUGUGCCGACUGAAGUCAAGAUCUAUAAUGACCAGGUUCAUGGGUUUGCGCUGCGGAGUGAUUGGAGCUCUGACGCUGACAAGAAGGCCAUGGACGAUGCGGAGAAACAGGGCAUCGAUUGGUUCAACAAGUACCUAGGGUAG